AUGGCCUCCACACCACUUGAUCCCUUUCUGAAGGGAAACACAGGGAGAAACAUCCGCGGCCUCCUCCGCAUUGUUAUUCUGUGCACCAUUGCUGCGGCCGCCAUUGCCAGCCGUCUUUUCAGUGUUAUUCGCUUUGAAAGUAUUAUCCAUGAAUUUUUUGGGAUUGGUUUGAUGACCGUAUGGCUGCUACCAACAUGCCAAGGCGAACAAAGGGAAGCUGACAGAUUGAUAGGAACGUGGCAUCCUCUCGGGCGUGUCACUGGCGGUACACUCUACCCCGGCCUGAUGGUUACCAGUGGUGUGAUCUAUCAUUUCCUUCGGUUCCUCACCAUUCCUGUCGACAUUCGAAACAUUUGUGUGUUGCUGGCACCGGGGUUCUCGGGCUUAACUGCCCUGGCGACUUACCUUCUGACCAACGAAAUGACAACGUCUCCUUCUGCUGGCCUGCUCGCUGCGGCGUUUAUGGGCAUUACUCCGGGGUACAUCUCGCGAUCUGUUGCCGGAAGUUACGAUAACGAGGCUAUUGCUAUUUUCCUUCUCGUCUUUACCUUUUUCCUGUGGAUCAAAGCUGUCAAGAACGGCUCAAUUAUGUGGGGAGCUUUCACUGCAUUAUUCUAUGGGUAUAUGGUCUCUGCUUGGGGUGGAUACGUCUUCAUCACCAAUUUGAUUCCUUUGCACAUUUUCGUUCUCAUUUGCAUGGGCCGAUACAGCUCGCGUCUGUACAUCAGCUACACCACAUGGUACGCUCUGGGAACCUUGGCGAGCAUGCAAAUUCCUUUUGUAGGGUUCUUGCCAAUCCGCAGCAGCGACCACAUGUCUGCUCUAGGUGUUUUUGGUUUGAUCCAACUGGUUGCUUUCGUUGACUUCAUCCGAGCUCAAGUUCCUGGCAAGCAAUUCCAGACGCUCUUGACUUCCCUGGUCCUACUGGUUUUCGGUGUCUCAUUCAUCGGACUGGUCGGUCUGACCGUGUCGGGUGUCAUUGCACCAUGGAGCGGUCGUUUCUACUCCCUUUGGGACACGGGAUACGCCAAGAUUCACAUUCCUAUCAUUGCAUCGGUGUCUGAACAUCAACCGACGGCAUGGCCAGCAUUCUUCUUCGACCUUAACUUCUUGAUCUGGCUUUUCCCUGCCGGUGUAUACAUGUGCUUCCGCGAGCUUCACGAUGAGCAUGUCUUUGUUGUCAUCUACUCCGUUCUUGCCAGCUACUUCGCCGGUGUGAUGGUCCGUUUGAUGCUCACUCUGACUCCUAUUGUCUGUGUCGCGGCUGCUUUGGCAUUAUCCAACGUCUUGGACACCUACCUACUUGCCAAGGACCCACCAGCCAGCAAAGAAGCUGCCUCGACUAAGAAUACGGACGGACUUCGAAGCGAUCGCGGCACUGUUUACGGUAUCCGCGCAACAUCCUCUAAGGCGUUUGUAAUUACCGCAGUUGCUGGCUACCUCAUGCUUUUUGUCGCUCACUGCACCUGGGUUACUUCCAACGCUUACUCCUCGCCAUCCGUGGUGUUGGCCAGCCGCAUGCCUGAUGGCAGCCAGUUCAUCAUUGACGACUACCGUGAGGCAUACUACUGGCUGCGUCAGAACACCGCGCAAAACGCCAAGAUCAUGUCAUGGUGGGACUAUGGCUACCAGAUCGGUGGCAUGGCUGAUCGCCCGACCCUAGUUGACAACAAUACGUGGAAUAACACCCACAUUGCCACCGUCGGAAAGGCCAUGAGCUCUCGCGAGGAAGUCAGCUACCCAAUCCUCCGGGAGCAUGAUGUUGACUACAUUCUGGUAGUCUUUGGAGGAUUACUUGGCUACUCUGGAGAUGACAUUAACAAGUUCCUGUGGAUGGUGCGUAUCGCCGAGGGCAUCUGGCCGGACCAGGUGAAGGAGCGAGACUUUUUCACCGCUCGCGGCGAGUAUCGUGUUGAUGAUGGAGCCACUCCCACGAUGCGUAACAGUUUGAUGUACAAAAUGUCCUACUACAACUUCAACCAACUCUUCCCUGGAGGACAAGCCCAGGACCGCGUUCGUGGCGCCAGGCUACCCGCCGAGGGUCCUCAACUGAGCACCAUCGAGGAAGCAUUCACCAGCGAAAACUGGAUUAUCCGUAUCUACAAAGUCAAGCCACUAGACAAUAUAGGCCGCGACCACCAAAGCGCCGUUGCAUUUGAAAAGGGCCACAAGAAGAAGAAGAGCACGAAGAGGAAGGGUCCACCUGUUUUGCGUGUUGAAUAG